UUUGUUUUUGAGUGAAAGUGAAAGAACUCCCUUGUUUAUUGAGAGGAGGCCUUCCUGAGCAGGGUUAACUUGAGUCAAAACACCAAAACUGGAGAAAAAUCAAGGCAAGAAUUCGAUUUAGUUGUCCUGAUGCUUGGAAAUAGCGUUAUGCUUCACGACUCCGCCAGGGGGCAGAAAAGAUCAUAUCGCGCGGAAUUUUUAUUUUUCCUUUUUUUUUUUGUAAUCUCCUACUUUUCUCCCAAACUGUGUGCUCCCCCUGAUGAAACCGAAGAAACCGAAUCCCCCAGCUGUAGUGUCCCAGCGCCGCCUCCCUCGGCGCCCCUGCCCUACCCUGCCGUGCCCUGCCCUGCCCUGAGCAGCCUGCGGCGCUGAGCACAGUCCCCAACUAUACUGCAGGUCACCAGCCCUGAAGAUGAAGGUUUGGCUGCUCCUUGGACUUCUGUUGGUACACGAAGCGCUGGAAGAUGUUGCUGGCCAACAGCCUCCUAAGAACAAACGUCCAAAGGAACAAGGAGACAACAGAAUCAAGCCUACCAACAAAAAGGCCAAACCCAAGAUCCCGAAAGGAAAAGACAGGGACUCAGCUGACACAACACCAAAGAACCCGUCCAUCAUGGUGCAAGCAAUGGACAGCGGGCGCUUCCAGAAGCCUGCUGCCACGAUGAGUCUGACGGCAGGGCAAACUGUAGAGCUCCGAUGUAAGGGAAGCAAAGUGGAGUGGAGCUACCCCUCCUACCUGGACGCCUUCAAGGACUCCCGCCUCAGCCUGAAGCAGAACGAACGCUAUGGGCAACUGACGCUGGUCAACUCCACCUCAGCCGACACGGGUGAAUUCAGCUGCUGGGGGCAACUGUGCAAUGGCUACAUCUGCAGACGAGACGAGUCCAGGAUGGGCUCCACCUACAUCUUCUUCACAGAGAAAGGAGAGCUGUUUGUACCUUCUCCCAGUUACUUUGAUGUUGUCUACCUGAACCUGGACAGACAGGCUGUGGUCCCUUGUCGAGUGACAGUGCUGUCAGCCAAAGUCACGCUCCACAGAGAGUUUCCUGCCAAAGAAAUCCCUGUCAACGGAACAGAUAUAGUUUAUGACAUGAAGAGAGGCUUUGUAUACCUUCAGCCUCAUUCUGAUCACCAGGGUGUGGUCUACUGUAAAGCUGAAGCUGGGGGCAAGUCUCAGAUCUCCGUCAAGUAUCAGCUGCUCUAUGUAGAAGAAAGGUGUGUGCAUGCGGAGCUCAUUCUUCCUUCCCGCUUGCCCCCAGUUCCCAGCGGCCCUCCGUCAACCACCAUCUUGGCCUCCUCCAACAAAGUGAAUGGCGGGGAUGACAUCAGUGUGCUCUGCACUGUCCUAGGGGAGCCCGACGUUGAGGUGGAAUUCAGGUGGAUCUUUCCUGGGCAGAAGGACGAAAGGCCUGUGGCCAUUCAAGACACCUGGAGACUCAUCAACAGAGGACUCGGGCACACCACAAGAAUCUCCCAGAGUGUCAUCACCAUUGAAGACUUUGAGACCAUUGAUGCAGGAUAUUAUAUAUGCACGGCUCAGAAUCUCCGAGGACAGACUACAGUGGCUACCACUGUUGAGUUUUCCUGACUUGGCAAAUGAAGUACAGUGAACCGAUGGGCAGCCAUCUGUAUGCACAACCUUUUUUUUUUUUUAAGUGCUUUGUGGGCGGUCGAUACAAAGGGCCAGCCUCUGCCUGUGGGUCAGGCAGACAUCCAAAUCCAAAGGAAGUGUUACCUUUUCUAAUGAAAGUGUAUUUUGAUUACGUACAGCCAUGUUUUUAAUUUUUAUACCAAGAAAAACAUGUCAACAACUUUGUAUAAUCAUUUCUAUUAAAUGAGCAAGAUUUUAUAAAAAACAAAAAA